UUGUACUCUCACUCCAGCUGGCUUGCUUUUUCUCCGCAGGGGAGAGUUGCUAAUACCAGUAUAAACCAGAAGAUCCUUUCAUUUCACUGGUCCGUCUUUGUCUUCCUCUCUUCUUUCUCUCUCUCUAAAAACCCUAGCUGAAAAAAGUAUUCUCCUCUGUUUCAACAAUGUCUGACUACUUCCCGCAAGAAGUGUUGAUCGAAAUACUCUCAAGAGUUCCCGCGAAAUCUCUGCUCAGAUUCAGGUGCGUUUCUAAGUCUUGGCUCUCUCUCAUCACCAGCCCUGAUUUCAUCGGCCUCCACCUCAAUCAAUCACACAACAACCACCACAACCCUCACCUCCUCAUCAAAUACUACUCUCUGGACCCCAAAAAGGAGCGCUAUUCGCUCCGAUUCGAUGACGAAACACUCACCACCGUCCACGAGUCCUCCGAACUCAAAUGCCCAUUCAAGACUCGCAGAAAUAGCUUCUUCCGGAUAGUGGGCAUCUGCAAUGGGUUGAUUUGCCUCUCCGACGACCAGUUUGGUUACACCUAUACUCUCAUCAUCUGGAACCCUGCCAUUCGAAAGUGUGUGAACCUUCCCAAGCCUCGCAUUUGCUUCGACACCUAUGGACCCUACAUGUUCGUUCUUGGGUUCGGGUUUGAUUCUCGCAACAACGAUUACAAGGUUGUGAGAAUCGCUUACCUUCGCAAUAAAAUGGGUUCUUGGGACGCCGGUGCCGGUGUCGAAUCGCUGUUGGGAGGGGAAGAUGAUUACAUUGUUCCUCCUGAGGUGGAGGUCUUCGCUCUGAAAGCUGGGUCUUGGAAAACAAUUGACACCAAUGUGCCUCCGUAUCACAUGGUUGAGUAUUUCUAUUCUUCGCCUUUUGUCAAUGGGACUAUCCAUUGGCUUGUGUAUAAUAAAUCGGAAGGUUGGGACCAGAGUCAUCGCUGCACGAUUAUUGGGUUUGAUGUGGGUGGUGAGGUGUUCUGUGAGCUGAAACUGCCCAAGAUAUUGGCUCAUGAUAGCCCCCUGAACAUGGUCAUUGCGGUGAAUGGGGACACACUUUCGGUGUUCCGGUAUGAUAAUCGGGCGAAGAUUAGGCAUUGUUCGGUGUGGGUGAUGAAACAGUAUGGUGUGGUGGAGUCCUGGAGCAAACAAUUCAAUGUUGAUUUGCAAGGAGGAUUGUUAGGGCCUGCACUUGGGUUUAGGAGGGAUGGUGAGAUGCUGCUUGCUAGGAGGAAUGGUGAGGUGAUUUCGUAUGACCCUGAUAACAGAGCUGCUAAGAGUGUGGGAAUUUCUGGCGGUAGAGACUCAAUUUAUGUUGGUACCUAUGCUGAGAGCCUCGCGUUGCUCGAUGGAGUGAAUGCCGCCUCCGGUGCUAAGGUAGAUUCUUGUGACAUGGUUGAUUCGGAGGAAGAACCUGUUUCUAAUGGACCAGAUAGAAAGGCACUAAAAGAACACGCACGCAUGCAUUUUGUUUUUUCGUCGGUGUUUCUCCAUCAGUAAUGUGUGUUCUUAUUUAAUAUGCAUAGUGUUGACUCAAUGCUACUUACUCAUGGAAGUCAAGUGUAAACAUUGCAUUACUUCACAUCUUUUGAAUGAUGAUGUGUUGGCAAUUGGUAAGUUGUUAGGAUUAGCUUAGUAGUUGUUUUGGCUAGUUAUUAAGGUGAUCAAUCAAUGUUACAAUAUAUACUUAUUUAUCAGAGGGAUGGUCAUAUGGUUUACUUUUGAUAUUGUUCAUCAACUUAAUUAUCAUGUAUUGGAAUGUUGCCUCAUAUGGUCGCAUAUGAUGCCUAUAGUGCUUUUAAAUGACAGUUUAUUAUCUUAA